CGCCGGCCGCUUCCUGGGCGCGCCCGGGCCAGCCAUGGCGCUCAACAAUUUCCUCUUCGCGCAGUGCGUCUGCUACUUCCUGGCCUUCCUCUUCAGCUUCGUGGUGGUGGUGCCGCUGUCCGAGAACGGCCACGACUUCCGCGGCCGCUGCCUGCUGUUCACCGAGGGCAUGUGGCUGAGCGCCAACCUGACGGUGCAGGAGCGCGAGCGCUUCACGGUGCAGGAGUGGGGCCCGCCGGCCGCCUGCCGCUUCAGCCUGCUUGCCAGCCUCCUCUCGCUGCUGCUCGCCGCCGCGCACGCCUGGCGCACGCUCUUCUUCCUGUGCAAGGGACACGAGGGCUCCUUCCUCUACGCCUUCCUGAACCUUUCUGGUCAGCGCCUCUGUGGUCUUCUCGUCUUCAUCGCCAGCACCAUUGUGAGCGUGGGCUUCACCAUGUGGUGCGAUGCCAUCACCGAGAAGGGCACCGUGUCCCCACACAGCUGCGAAGAGCUCCAGGACAUCAACUUGGAGCUUAACGUGGACAACUCUGCCUUCUACGACCAGUUUGCCAUCGCCCAGUUCGGCCUCUGGGCCUCGUGGCUGGCCUGGCUGGCCGUCACCAUCCUGGCUUUCCUGAAAGUCUACCACAACUACCGCCAGGAGGACCUGUUGGACAGCCUGGUCCACGAGAAGGAGCUGCUGCUGGCCAGGCCGACCCCCCGCACCUCCUUCCAGGAGGAGAAGAGCGCGGUCAUCUAGGUGCGGGCGGGGGAGCCCGGCCCCCGGACGCCCCCCCUCCACCCCCGCCUCGCCCCGGGGCUCACAGCCCCACCUGGGGGAGCAGGGGGGGCCCUGCCUGGCCCCACCUGCCCCUCGCCUUGCAUGUCCCCCCUCGGCACCGUGCAAAGUGAGUGAGCCCGCUCACCGAGCCCCCCACCCCCACCCCGAGCGUGGCGGCUGCCCGGGGUGGGCGCCGGCCCUCAGACAGGGCCACGCAGGGGCCUCCUCCGGGCUCCGUGCUUGCACGGCCGGCCUUUCCGGGGGGCGCUGGCCGGGCAAGCCUGCUGAGCGGGGGUCCAGACUCUAGGGCACCCCUGCCGUAGGGCUCGCCUGCACGCCACGGCUGGGUGCCGUCUCCGUCACCUGGCCGGCUUGCCCGGGUGUGAUUCUGUGUGCGAUUCUGUCGGGCAGCCUGCGUCCCCAGAGUGACCCCAGCCCACGGGGGCCACGCGUCGCUCUUGUCCCUUGCUCCUGAGCAGUGUGUGGGCCAAGACUUCUGUGGCCUGGGAGCUGGGGGGUGGGUGCAGGAGGGAGCUCUCCGGCAGUGUGUUCCCCACCUUCUGGCCCUGCACCCCCCGCCCCUGCCGCGGGGCCCGGUUCCCCGUGCUCCUGCUUCAUGGUGCCCAGGUGGCCAGGCCUGGUCUCAGCGUCAAAAGCAUAGGGCAGUGGUGUUGCCCUGAGUCAGGUGGUGGCUGUGUGGGUGUCCUGGAAAGUGGCCGUGGUGUCAGGACUGGGGGCCCGCGCCCGGUGCCCCUCGUCCUCUGCCAUGGGACUUGCCGGGGGAGCCCCGGGUGGCCCUGCCUGGAGGCUCCCCGGGCCCCAAUGUUUGUGUCACAGGGUGGGGAGGUGGGGGAGGCGGGGACACGGGCUGAGGGGCACAGCACCCCCUAGGGAGGAUGGGGUGGGGCAGGUGCCACUAGAGGCGUCUGGGUGAGCGUGUGAGUGCCUGUGAGCGUGUGGAUGUGUCUGUGGGAUGUUAGUGCGUGUGUGACACGAGUGUGUGCACACGCAUGUAAGUGCACGGGAAGGUGUGAGUGUGUGAGCGUGUAGCUCUACGUGAGCUCACAUUCACAAGUGUGAGUGAGUGUGCGCAGGAAUGUGAGCACGUGCAUGUGCACACACGAGUGUGUGAGCAUGGAUGGGAAUGUGUGUGCCCAACCGUGAGCAUGAGUGCGUGAGCCGCAAGGUGUGAGCAGACAUCAGAGCUGGUGAGGACACAGCGGCUCCUCUGGCCUUCAUCCACCGGGACGCCCCCUGUGCCCCCGGCCCCCCCCGCCGGUGGAGGGGCUCCCUUCCCGUCUGAUGGACGGAGCCUGGAGCACUGAGGCCGCCAGAGGGCAUGACCCCGUCCACACGGGGGCAGGUGGAGGAGCCGGGGGGACCCGUGACCCCAGAGCUCAGUGAUGAGCCACCUGGGCUGCUGGGCUGUGGACCCCCCUCCUCGCGGGGCUCCCCGGCUUCCACAUCUGCACGCAGUGCUCCUCUGCAGGGGUGGGGCACCCCGUUCUCGUCUCCCGGGCUGACCCUCCUGCUGCUCCCCACCCUCCAGGGAAGGAGACGCCCGGCUCCCCGCAUCCGUGCCUCGCGCUGCCGGGGGCUGGUCUGGUCUCCCACAUGGGGGCACGGAUCUCCCGAGGCCACGGAUGCGGGUCCGGGGCGAGGUGCCGAGUGGGGCGGGCAGCCUGGGCCAGGGAAGGGAGGCCGCCCGUCACCUCCUGCCGUCUCAGAGGCGCUCUGGCCCCAGGGCCCGGCCGAGAAUGUCAGACAGAGCAGCUGGGUUGCUGGGGGAGCUGUUUUGGGAGCACUGAGGCCCCCAAGCCGAUCUGGUCUCAGCUCAGCCCUCGUGCACGAGCCGAGGGGACCCUCUCCAGCCCCUGAGCGCUCCGCUCUGCUCCCAGCAACAGCCAGGCCCCGGGGCAGAGGAGCAGGGGCGGGACGUGGCCUCCUGGAGCCCCAGGGUCCACGGCAGGUUUGGGCCCGCCCGUGGCAGCUGCCGCUCCUGGAGCGCCCGGCCGGGUCUGGGGCCUCCCCUCCUCGGUCAGGCUAGGGGAGACACGCGCCCACUUACCUGCAGGUGUCACUGGUGCAGCGGGGUUGUCGCCGGCACAGACCCGUGUCAGGCCAGCGGGGGGCUUCCAGGGAGGGGACAGCUGGGUCCCCCAGGGCUGGGCAGGAAGGGCCCCCCCGAUCGCUUCUGCUUCUCCCAGCUGCGUGUGGAUAACAGACAUCUUUGUCUUAACUCCACUCCUGACGAAAACCGAAAGUAAUGAUUCCCAAGCCUGGUGUGUCUGUUGUUCAACGUCCAAAUAAACACAAAGUCCUGA